AUGAAGAACGUUGAGAUUCGAUCCGUGUGGCAGGACAAUUUGGAAUCCGAGUUUGCUCUAAUUCAGUCCAUGAUUCGUUACUACCCUUUCCUCUCCAUAGACACCGAAUUCCCGGGCACAGUUUUCCAGUAUUCCGAUGUCCACACCCCCUUACCAACCCCGGCAUCCAGAUACAAGCUCAUGAAGGCCAACGUGGACAACACCAACAUAAUCCAGUUAGGUCUAACACUCUCCGAUAACAACGGAAACUUGCCCAGUUUCGGCACUAAUAUCUGCUACAUAUGGGAGUUCAACUUCAGGGACUUCGAUAUCGACCGUGACCUUCAGAAUAUAAGUUCGAUUAAGUUACUUGAGAAGCAAGGAAUCGAUUUCUUGAAAAACAAGGAAAAGGGUAUUCGUUCUUCCGACUUCUCCUUGCUGUGGCAUAAAUCUUCGCUGUUCUCCAAGAUAUCCCGGUUGACAUGGGUGACUUUCCAUAGCGCUUACGAUUUCGGGUACCUGAUCAAGAUUCUGACUAACAAACGGUUGCCGCCGGACAUUAACGAUUUCAUGUCCACGAUGGAUAUGUACUUUGGGAAAAAAGUGUACGACAUCAAAAGCAUGAUUAGGGUUUCUCGAGGGAUUUAUGGAGGAUUAGAGAGAGUGGCUAACAAGCUUGGGGUUGAUCGUGUGGCUGGGAAGAGUCAUCAGGCUGCUUCUGAUAGUUUGCUGACUUGGCAAACGUUUCAGAAGCUUACACAAGUGUACUACACAAGUAUGCAAGGGGAAGACAACUGCAGUUUAGAUUUGAGAGAUUUAGAUUGGUCCCAAAGGGUUUUGUAUGGUUUGGAAGUUGAGGCUCAUUGA